AUGCCUUUGGUGUUUUCUUGUAUGACUAUUUUAUUGGGGGCACUGCAAAGAAAAUCACGAAAGAGACGAAGUGAAUGUGAUUCAGUAGCAGAGACUCUAGCAAAGUGGAGGAAAUUGAAUGAUGGAGUUGAUUCUGGAAAGGAUGGAGAAUUGAUGCGUAAGGUUCCGGCCAAGGGCUCGAAAAAGGGGUGCAUGCGAGGAAAAGGAGGCCCUGAGAACACAAAUUGCAAAUAUAGAGGUGUGAGACAAAGGACUUGGGGCAAGUGGGUUGCCGAAAUCCGUCAACCACUUAAUGGGUCUUGUGCACCAGCAAGAAGUAGGAGUCGGCUUUGGCUUGGUACUUUUGACACUGAGGUUGAAGCAGCUCAUGCUUAUGAUAAAGCUGCAAGGGAUCGGCCACCCCAAAACUGA